UUCAUACUCAGAAGCGCUUAGAGCGCUCCACAGUGUAGAUCAGAAAAGGGAAGGGAGCAGUCGGUAGCCAUCUUACUUAGGACCAAAAUACAAAUAACUCGACUAUAAAGGCAACCGACAGCAGAGGUCCCUGGGAUAUCGCCUUCGGAGACUUUCCGGUCACCGUUGGCGGCCUGACCAGAGUCGUGGUGACAAUUUAAAGGCUGUUCCUGCUCACAAAGCGGCGUGCCGAGGAAGGACGCGUCUCUUUGAAUAGACAGGAUGCACGGACCGCCCUCCGGCGACAGCGCAUGCCCAUUGCGCACGAUCAAGAGAGUUCAAUUCGGCAUCAUCAGUCCAGAUGAGCUUAAACGGAUGUCUGUUACGGAAGGGGGUAUCAAAUACCCCGAAACAACAGAAGGAGGACGUCCUAAACUUGGUGGCCUUAUGGACCCGAGACAAGGGGUCAUAGAGCGGACGGGAAGAUGUCAGACAUGUGCAGGCAACAUGACAGAAUGCCCUGGCCACUUUGGGCACAUAGAACUGGCAAAGCCAGUUUUCCAUGUCGGCUUCGUAACAAAGAUAAUGAAGGUUCUUCGAUGUGUCUGCUUCUUUUGCUCCAAGCUGUUAGUGGAUUCGAACAAUCCAAAGAUCAAAGACAUCCUGAUAAAAUCUAAAGGGCAGCCAAGGAAACGUUUGACACAUGUGUACGAGCUGUGCAAAGGAAAAAAUAUCUGUGAAGGAGGAGAGGAGAUGGACAACAAAUUCGGAAUGGAACAGCAGGAGACUGAGGAGGACAUUACCAAGGAGAAGGGCCACGGUGGCUGCGGGCGCUACCAGCCACGCAUCAGACGCUCCGGCUUGGAGCUGUACGCCGAGUGGAAGCACGUCAAUGAGGAUUCGCAGGAGAAGAAAAUCCUGCUGAGUCCCGAGCGUGUGCACGAGAUCUUCAAGCGCAUCUCUGACGAAGAGGACAUCAUCUUGGGCAUGGAUCCCAAGUUUGCACGACCAGAGUGGAUGAUUGUAACUGUGUUGCCUGUGCCUCCACUGGCUGUCAGGCCUGCUGUGGUCAUGCAGGGCUCUGCCCGUAACCAGGAUGACUUGACCCACAAGCUGGCUGACAUUGUUAAAAUCAACAACCAGCUGAGAAGAAACGAGCAGAGUGGUGCGGCAGCUCAUGUCAUAGCUGAGGAUGUCAAACUGCUCCAGUUUCACGUCGCCACCAUGGUGGACAAUGAAUUGCCGGGCCUGCCAAGGGCGAUGCAAAAGUCUGGCCGCCCUCUCAAAUCCAUAAAACAGCGUCUAAAGGGAAAGGAGGGGCGAGUGAGAGGUAACCUCAUGGGCAAGCGUGUGGACUUCUCUGCCCGAACUGUCAUCACCCCAGACCCCAACCUGCAGAUUGACCAAGUUGGCGUGCCACGAUCCAUCGCAGCCAAUAUGACCUUCCCAGAAAUUGUCACACCAUUUAAUAUUGACAGACUACAAGAGCUGGUGCGAAGAGGCAACAGCCAGUACCCAGGAGCCAAAUACAUCAUUCGUGACAAUGGAGACAGAAUUGAUCUGCGAUUCCACCCAAAACCAAGUGACCUUCACCUGCAGAUUGGCUACAAGGUGGAAAGACACAUGUGUGACGGCGACAUCGUCAUCUUCAACAGACAGCCCACACUACAUAAAAUGUCCAUGAUGGGGCACAGGGUCAGGAUUCUGCCCUGGUCUACAUUUCGACUCAAUCUCAGUGUCACCACCCCAUACAACGCUGACUUUGACGGGGAUGAGAUGAACCUCCACUUGCCUCAGUCCCUCGAGACGAGGGCAGAGAUUCAGGAGCUGGCCAUGGUGCCGCGUAUGAUCGUCACACCCCAGUCCAACAGGCCUGUCAUGGGUAUCGUGCAGGACACCCUCACAGCUGUCCGCAAAUUCACCAAAAGAGACGUCUUCUUAGAGAGGGGUGAAGUGAUGAACCUUCUCAUGUUCCUCUCCACCUGGGAUGGUAAAGUGCCUCAGCCGGCCAUCCUCAAGCCCCGUCCUCUGUGGACCGGCAAGCAGAUCUUCAGCCUAAUCAUUCCUGGACACAUUAACGUGAUCCGCACACACAGCACCCAUCCCGACGAUGAAGACAGCGGCCCGUACAAGCACAUCUCCCCUGGGGACACCAAGGUCAUUGUGGAGAACGGUGAGCUGAUCAUGGGCAUCCUGUGUAAGAAAUCACUGGGAACCUCAGCCGGCUCCCUCGUCCACAUCUCAUACCUGGAGAUGGGCCACGACAUCACUAGACUCUUCUACUCCAACAUUCAGACAGUGGUCAACAACUGGCUGCUCAUCGAGGGUCAUUCCAUUGGUAUUGGUGACUCCAUUGCUGAUGCCAAGACCUACCUUGACAUCCAGAAUACCAUCAAGAAAGCCAAACAGGAUGUGAUAGAAGUCAUCGAGAAAGCUCACAACAAUGAGCUGGAGCCAACACCUGGUAACACACUGAGGCAGACCUUUGAGAACCAGGUGAAUCGUAUCCUCAACGACGCUCGUGACAAAACAGGAUCCUCAGCCCAGAAAUCUCUGUCUGAGUACAACAACUUCAAGUCCAUGGUGGUGGCUGGCUCUAAGGGCUCAAAGAUUAACAUCUCACAGGUUAUUGCCGUGGUGGGGCAGCAGAACGUGGAGGGUAAACGAAUCCCCUUCGGCUUCAAACACCGCACGCUGCCUCACUUCAUUAAGGAUGACUACGGUCCCGAGAGUAGAGGCUUUGUGGAGAACUCCUACCUGGCUGGCUUGACUCCAACUGAGUUCUUCUUCCACGCCAUGGGAGGCAGAGAGGGUCUGAUCGACACAGCUGUCAAGACUGCUGAGACUGGUUAUAUCCAGCGUCGUCUGAUCAAGUCUAUGGAGUCGGUGAUGGUGAAGUACGACGGCACGGUACGAAACUCCAUCAACCAGGUGGUUCAGCUGCGUUACGGUGAGGACGGCCUGGCAGGAGAGAACGUCGAGUUCCAGAACGUGGCAACACUCAAACCCUCACACAAGGCCUUUGAAAAGAAGUUCAAGUUUGAUUGCACCAAUGAGCGAGCUCUGAGGAGGAUGCUGCAGGAAGACGUAGUCAAAGACGUGCUGACCAACGCUCACGUUCAGAGUUCCUUGGAGAGGGAGUUUGACAAGAUGAAGGAGGACAGGGAGGUCUUACGAGCCAUUUUCCCCACCGGGGACAGUAAGGUGGUGCUGCCGUGCAACCUGGCCAGAAUGAUCUGGAACGCUCAGAAGAUCUUCCGCAUCAACACUCGAACCCCGACAGACCUCAAUCCUCUCAGGGUGGUCGAGGGUGUUCACGAGUUGAGUAAGAAGCUGGUGAUUGUGAAUGGUGACGACCCGCUCAGCAGACAGGCCCAGCAGAACGCCACUCUGCUGUUCAACAUCCACCUGCGCUCCACCCUCUGCUCCAAACGCAUGACCGAGGAGUUCCGCCUUUCCACAGAGGCCUUCGACUGGCUGCUGGGAGAGAUCGAGACCAAAUUCAACCAGUCCAUUGCCCACCCAGGUGAAAUGGUUGGCGCUCUGGCCGCUCAGUCACUGGGAGAGCCAGCCACCCAGAUGACACUGAACACUUUCCACUACGCCGGUGUGUCGGCCAAGAACGUAACACUCGGUGUGCCUCGUCUAAAGGAGUUGAUCAACAUCUCCAAGAGGCCCAAAACACCCUCGCUGACGGUUUUCCUGCUGGGUCAGGCAGCCCGUGACGCUGAGAGGGCCAAGGACAUCCUGUGUCGACUGGAGCACACCACACUGCGAAAGGUGACAGCCAACACCGCCAUCUACUACGACCCCAACCCCCAGAACACAGUGGUGGCCGAGGACCAGGAGUGGGUGAACGUCUACUAUGAGAUGCCCGACUUCGACGUGACUCGCAUUUCGCCGUGGCUGCUGCGUAUCGAGCUCGACCGCAAGCACAUGACUGAUCGUAAACUGACUAUGGAGCAGAUUGCAGAGAAGAUCAACGCAGGUUUCGGAGAUGAUCUGAACUGUAUCUUCAAUGACGACAACGCCGAGAAGCUGGUUCUGCGAAUCAGAAUCAUGAACAGCGAUGAAAACAAGUUCCAAGAGGAUGAGGAGGUUGUGGACAAAAUGGACGACGAUGUGUUCUUGAGGUGCAUCGAGUCCAACAUGCUGACAGACAUGACCCUACAAGGCAUUGAGCAGAUCAGCAAGGUGUACAUGCACUUGCCUCAGACUGACAAUAAGAAGAAGAUCAUCAUCACGGAGGAUGGCGAGUUCAAGGCCCUGCAGGAGUGGAUCCUUGAGACAGACGGCGUCAGCCUCAUGAGGGUCCUCAGCGAGAAGGACGUAGAUCCCGUCAGGACCACGUCCAACGACAUUGUGGAGAUCUUCACGGUCUUGGGAAUUGAGGCAGUGAGAAAGGCUCUGGAGAGGGAGUUGUACCACGUCAUCUCCUUUGACGGUUCCUACGUCAACUACCGUCACUUGGCUCUGCUCUGUGACACCAUGACCUGCCGCGGUCACUUGAUGGCCAUCACACGUCACGGCAUCAACCGUCAAGACACGGGACCACUCAUGAAGUGUUCCUUUGAGGAGACGGUGGAUGUGUUGAUGGAGGCGUCGUCCCACGGUGAGAGUGACCCCAUGAAGGGAGUAUCUGAGAACAUCAUGCUUGGCCAGCUCGCUCCGGCUGGUACGGGAUGCUUCGACCUGCUGUUGGAUGCCGAGAAGUGUAAAUACGGCAUGGAGAUCCCGACAAACAUACCUGGCAUCAGCGUGGCUGGACCCACUGGAAUGUUCUUUGGUACGGUGCCGAGUCCCAUGAGUGGUAUGUCACCUGCCAUGACCCCCUGGAACACGGGAGCAACACCAGCCUACGGUGCCUGGUCCCCUAGUGUCGGAAGCGGCAUGACCCCCGGAGCAGCAGGUUUCUCUCCCAGUGCGGCGUCAGACGCGAGUGGCUUCUCUCCGGGCUACUCCCCGGCCUGGUCGCCCACUCCUGGGUCUCCUGGAUCUCCAGGACCUGCCAGCCCGUACAUCCCAUCUCCAGGUGGAGCCAUGUCACCCAACUACUCACCCACCUCCCCGGCCUACGAGCCUCGCUCCCCUGGAGGCUACACCCCACAGAGCCCUGGCUACUCCCCAACAUCACCCUCCUACUCCCCGACUUCUCCCUCCUACUCCCCGACCAGCCCCAACUACAGCCCGACAUCUCCUUCCUACUCACCCACCUCGCCCAGUUACUCCCCAACCUCUCCGUCCUACUCUCCCACGUCUCCAUCUUACUCCCCGACGUCUCCCUCCUACUCCCCCACAUCCCCGUCCUACUCCCCCACAUCCCCCUCCUACUCUCCCACCUCGCCGAGCUACAGCCCGACGUCGCCGAGCUACAGCCCGACGUCACCCAGCUACUCGCCCACCUCUCCUUCAUACUCCCCCACCUCCCCAUCUUAUUCUCCAACCUCUCCAUCUUACUCCCCCACCUCCCCGUCCUACUCGCCCACCUCUCCUUCCUACUCGCCCACCAGCCCGAGCUACAGCCCCACAUCACCGAACUACACGCCCACCUCCCCCAGCUACUCCCCCACCUCUCCCUCCUACUCCCCUACAUCACCCUCUUACUCCCCGACCUCCCCCAACUACACCCCGACCAGCCCCAACUACUCCCCCACCUCUCCCUCGUACUCUCCCACCUCUCCGUCCUACUCGCCCUCCAGUCCGCGCUACACCCCGCAGUCGCCCACCUACACACCCAGCUCCCCCUCAUACAGUCCCAGCUCUCCCUCCUACUCCCCCACCUCCCCCAAAUACACCCCAACUUCACCCUCAUACAGCCCCAGCUCCCCGGAGUACACCCCCACCUCUCCCAAGUACUCCCCCACCUCGCCAAAGUACUCCCCGACGUCGCCGAAGUACUCCCCGACCUCUCCCACUUACUCCCCAACGACUCCAAAAUACAGCCCCACCUCUCCCACGUACUCCCCCACCUCCCCCACUUACACCCCCACCAGCCCCAAAUACUCCCCUACCUCUCCUACUUACUCCCCAACUUCACCCAAGUACUCCCCCACGUCUCCUACGUACUCGCCAACUAGCCCCAAAGGCUCCACGUACAGCCCCACCUCCCCCGGAUACAGCCCCACCUCACCCACCUACAGCCCGGCCAUCAGCCCCGACGACAGCGACGAGGAGAACAACUGAUGAGCCGCGGAGGAGAAGGGGAGGCAGCUGAAGAAGCCCCGUCACCUCAUGGGUGGACACUUGAAGAAACCCCGUCACCUCAUGGGUGAACAACUGAAGGACAGCACCUUUUUAACCAGCUGGAGGUGGCGGCGCUUCUAGCCACAGGGGUCCCAACUGCGAUUCUUUCUCCUUUGGGACCUCUGUCUCGCUCCAGCCUCGACCACCUGAGCUCCCCGCCCUCUCUACCACAAGAAAUCAUUAAAACUACUAUGUGAAAGACUUGACUGCUCUGCCUGAAGGAAAACAAAAAGGCUGCCUUUUGAAAUAGUUUUUUUAAUUUUCAAAACGGGGUGUUGGAGCAAAACCGCAAAUCCCAUGAGGGAAUGAAAAGGAGAGGAAGAUGUGGUGAACACAUGACGAGGGAGAAAACGUCCCUUUUUAACUUUAACAGUGUACUGCAUCCAGUCUCUCUCUCAUUCUCUAAAUGUUAUAGUCGUGGGAGACGUACAUAUUGCCAAAAGCCUUUUGAGAAGUGGAUUGUAUUCAUCACUAAACGCAUAAGCUCUAAAGAAAAUCGAGGAGGUAAAGUUUGUUUACUGCAUAUUUCACCAAGGUGUAUCUUGUUAGACAUUUUGCUGCUUUUGUAAAAGUCCAGUCGCUGCCAGUUUUGGUGGAUCAAAGGUGUUCGAUAUAUAUAUAUAUAUAUAUAUAUAUAUAUAUAUAUAUAUAUAUAUAAAUAAAUAAAAAUGGUUGGGUCACAUCGUCCAAAGAUGACAGUCGGAUGGUCCGUGGGAAUACAGACAUGAUGGGAGAGAGAAACUGGCUUGCAGGGAAAAGAAAUGUCACUCUUGAACAUCAUUAACCACAGGUGUAUGUACCCAUCGCCCUCCCCUCUUCCUCCUUCACACCCCAAAGACAAAACCUGAAAGAUGUCAUGAAAACACCCACCAGCAUCCUCUUGUCCUCUACCAUUUUGGAGACUUGUGCAUCAAAAGCAAAAAAACAACACAAGAACAUUUUCCAGAUUCUUCCCUUGACACUGGGAAUUUAAAGAUUUAUAUGGGGGAAAAAAAUAAUAGAAUUAUUAUUCUGUCUUUAAUUUUCAAUUCUAGAAGGAAAUGGGGCACACUUGGACGAGGGACACUAGUUUGACGUCGCUGCUUUUGUCAUUGUUUGCAUGAGUAGCACAUGUUAAUACAUUUUAAUCGAGCUUUAGGUUUAAAAUUUGUUCAAUUCCCUCUCGCUAAUCUUUGUCCCAUUUCUGAUAGCUGACGUGUACACAGGUUUAUUUAGACUAUUCAAUUUAUUUAAGAAAGAAAGUUAACUACUAUUCUGUGUGAAUAUGAAUAGAGGAAAAUUAAGAUUUUUUUUUAAAAAAAAAUUCUUUUUUUGGCUUUUCUCUCGUUUGCUUCUGGUGACUUUGUAAACCUGUUUGCAGGAGGCUCAUGUUCAUGUACUGUGGAUGAAGGGGCAGGGGACGGAGGGGAGUGGUUUUUUUUUAGUUUCGCCCCUCGUUCCGCCCCAGAGUUUUUUGCCACGACAGCGACUUACUCUUUCCACUAACACGCUGCACUCCACCAGUUCAUGACAAUGCUUCAGUUAAAGGUAGAGGGGCACAAAGAUCAGUGCUUCACUUCUCGGGACGCCUAGUCUUUAAGACGGCGUGGAACAUUUUAUGUUAAGCAGAGACUGUCAGGAGAAAGCAGCACUUUUGGCCUCUCUGUUAAGAAAAACUUACCCACUACAUUAGUGUGAACUUUCUUUUUGAAUAUGGGUGCUUACUUACAUGAGUCGAUCUAGUUUGACUGUUAGGGAACCGUCUGUAUGCCCGAUGAUAAUGAUGAUGAUGAUGGAAACAGUUUUUCCUUUCCCUCCUCGUUCCAUUUGAUUAUUCAGCGCGGUUUCUGGAUUUAUUGGACUAGCUGGGUCUCCUCCCUCUCCCCUCUUCAUCCACAAGUGAUCCUCAUUUCUGAAGUCAGUGUUUCCUUUUUUCUACCAAUGUAUGUACCUGUGACGAGGGGGAAUCAUGGGGAGGGGGGAGGUGUGUUAGAUCUGACUGGGAGUCCUGAGCAGAUAAAACGCCAAAAAGCCAGUAGUCUGAAAAUGUUCAAAUAAUUAGUCCUGAUUUCGUGAAACAUUGCUUCCAACACAGUCUUGAAUUGAAAGGACUGCACCUUCUGGCCUUUUGAGAUAAAGCAGGUUUGGUAAUUGCACUUAGUAAAUAAUCGUGGUGGACCGAAGCCCCGGACAUUGUGAUAUUUUGUCCACUCUGCUUGCAUCUAAUCCUGUCGUCUUAACUGUGUGCUGUCCGGUCAAUUCAGGACAUCAGGACUCCCAGGUUGUAUGAAUGUGUGUAUGAGUGUGCGGUUGACGUGCGUCCGAGGGCGAGACAGGGUUUCAAACUGAGGAAAGACAUCACGUGUCUGGGCAAAGGAAGAUUUAACUUGAAAUUGCCACUGUAUAGAAAACAAUUCAUUAUCUCAUUCUCUGUAUCUUUGUUCUGUUUGUUUUUUGACUUGAAAAAAAUGAAUAAAAGUUUUACUAUA